CUCAGUGGGUCCGGGAAAUUUGAAAAGGAACUCAGGGAUUAUGUCUCAUAGCUUCAAGGAUUUAGCGAAUAGGAAGAAGAGUAAAGAUAACGCUUAUCAACAAGAAGCUCGUUCUCCAACCACAAUUCCUGAUAAAUACUUCAGAAACAACAAUUCCUUCAAAAUGCUAAACAAAAUGAGGGUUCCCAAGACAGGCAAUGCUAACAAAAGCAUGGAUGCCGGAAUGAGGAACAACUUCAUGAACACGAAUUUACUCCCAGAGGAUAUUUCUAAAUAAAGUCGAUGAAUUCAAGAAGAGAUUCAAUUUCUCAUUCGACUCUAAACAAAAAGGAAAUAGCUUCAAACUAGAGGCUCUGAAAUCUAAGCCCUCUGAGAAACCACCGAGCAGGCGCCCUGUGUUUGAAAGACUCACCUCCGGUCUGCUAAAGAACAACAGAAAUAAUAGCAAGAAGGAAAAGGUAACAACUAAGCUGGAGGAAACUAAGGUACUUAAAUAACAUCAACAAGAUACAUCCCCUUGGCAGAUUUGGAGAUACCGGAAGUUCCUUCGACCAAGAGAUCACACGACAGGACUCUCAGAAUGAUGCAUAUGGUGUUAUAAAAUAAGACUAAUGGGUCUCUAUAUGAUGUCGACCCUUAUGAUCCUAAAUUUUUAAUCAAGCUACAGCAUAGGAACAAAAAGAAAAAGAAUUUCUUGAAGCAAAGCCAGUUACUUCAUAGCCCAGCUACUCAGAACAUUAACAAUACCACUAAGCUAAAUCUUAAAGAAGACGUUGUGCUCAGGUACCAAGUCAAGAGCCAGGUCGGGAAGGUACAAAACAAGAAUAAAGAAGCUAACCAAGAUAGUUACAUAACUCAGAAGAUGAACAACUAUUGGCUCUUUGGAGUUUUAGACGGCCAUGGGCUUUUCGGCCACCAUGCCUCUAGUCUUGUAAAAAGGCUACUGCCAAGACACAUCUUUAAAAAGAAAAAGGUCGAACUUAGCUCAAUCAUUAAUAAUAAAUAAGGACCUUAAGAAGGGCAACGGGCUGCAGAAUAAGGACAUCAUCACUGGAUUUAGAAGGGUCCAUAAGCAUCUUGAGGAGAACAAGACUACUUUUGACCCUUCUUUCUCCGGCACAACGGUGAACUUAUGUAUGAUCAACUCAGAUGAGAGAAAGCUGAUCUGAGCCAACGCAGGAGAUUCCCGAUCUGUAAUGUACUCCUUCCAAAGGGCUAGGGUAAACACUGAUCUUGAUGAAGUAAAUAUCCUUACUCCUGGGAGAGACGAGAGCAACGAUUUUGAAUGGGACAUUACUCCUUUAUCAGAAGAUCACAAACCAGACCUUCCUAAGGAAUACGAACGGAUUACUCAAAAAUAUAAAGGAAGAGUACUCAGUUAUCAAGAUGAUGAAGGCAACCCAGUUGGCCCAGCUAGAGUCUGGCUUAGGGAGAAAAAUGUCCCAGGUCUUGCUAUGUCAAGAUCUAUAGGAGAUAUAGUAGCUCAUUCUGUAGGAGUUGAGUGAUCUCCAGAAAUCAAAGAAUUCACUUUGAAACCAGAAGAUAAAAUAUUAGUCAUAGGGUCUGAUGGUCUUUGGGAAUUUAUGGACAACAAAGAGGUACUUGAUAUCAUUCUGCCAUUCUAUAAGAAAGACAAAACGAAGCCUGAGAAGGCCAUUGACAAAUUGAUCAAGAAGGCAUCUCAAAAAUGGAGCAAAGAAGAAAAUGUAGUUGAUGAUAUAACCAUCAUUCUAGUGUAUCUUAAUAUAAAUUAA